AUGUCGAGACUUUUACCCUUGCUUCGAUUUGCUUCGAUUCAGAAUGCCUUCUCCAACCAAGCAGUAGUAGCACAAACGCGCAAGUCUCUCGAACUUCAGAUCGAACCCACCUCUCCUCCGCAAAUCAACCUACCAUCUAUCAACAUCAACCUUGCCAAGAUUUUACGCCAAUAUAUGCAGUCAACUCUUCACGUUGGCCGCGGAAUCGUCUCUUCUGCCAGUCUGCACGGUGUUCAAGCUCAGUUCACUAUUGCGAUGGAUGAUGCCUACAGCUACAGAAUUGGCGCAACCAAUUUUGACCCUGACAUCAUCUUCCGCGAAAUCAUUACACUCAGAAAUUAA